AUGUCUGUUCUCCAGCAGCCUGUGUCUGAGUCAGUCCAGCCAGGAGACUCUGUGACUCUGAACUGUACAAUACACACUGAGAUCUGUGCAGGAGAACACAGUAUCUAUUGGUUCAGACAUGGCUCAGGAGAAUCCCAUCCAGGAUUAAUUUACACCCAAGGAGACAGGAGUGAUCCGUGUGAGAAGAGCCCUGAGGCUGGGUCUCCUACACUGAGCUGUGUCUACAACCUCCCCAAGGGGAACCUCAGAAUCUCUUACUACUGUGCUGUGGCCUCAUGUGGGGAGAUACUAUUUGGGAAAGGGACCAAGCUGGACAUUGAAAGUAAGUGAUAUUUCUGACAUUUCUGAAAAUGUCUAACAUACUUUCACAUUGUUGUGAAUAAAUUGUAUGUCUGGUUGAACAAAAUGUCCUGAAUUUCCUCUAUCACUGUCUGUAUUUCUACAGAUGGUUGUAAGGAGGACCAUGUUCUCUUGGUGUACUGUCUGGGUGGCUCUUUGUGUCAUCCUCAGCAUCGUCCUUGGUUGUGUUUUGUAUAAGAUGACCAAGAAAACCUCUCUGCUGUGUAGAGGUAAGCGUUAUCAUUGUGAACAAUAUACAGUGCAUUCGGAAAAUACUCAGACCCCUUGACUUUUUCCACAUAUUGUUUUACUUUACAGCCUGUUUUAGUCAUGAAAUUGGGUUAAUUCAUUGUAUGAUGAUGUUGAUGAUGAUGUUGAUAAUGAUGAUGAUGAUGAUUCCUUCAUGUGUUUGUCUAAAAGCAAUGCACCCUCAGUCAUGUGGUCCGGCAGUCCCCAAUUCUCAUAACCAGGCAUGCAGACCAUAAAGUGAAAAAAAUUCUGUAUGAGUUUGAUGAAUUGUAAACAGAUCCUUCUAUCAAAAUAUUAGGUAAUUUCCUGAUAUCUUUGGAAUUUGUUUUGCUAUUCCUCUUAGGAUCAAGAAGAUGAUGACACACUCACGUCGGUCCAUUACGCUGCUCUGAAUGUCAUCCACAAGAAGCCAAAGACCAGAGACAGAGGAGUGCCAUGGAGAGAGACAUUGUGUAUUCUGGGGUGAGGUGCCAAAACAUGGACUGAAACGUCAGCUUUUGCUCUUUAAUAACUUGCACUGAUUUUGUGUUUUCUACACUGUAUGUAUAACUAUGGCUUUUCAUUGUGUGGUACAAUUCUAUUCUGUCAAGAUCGGUUGAACAUUGAUACUGUUGUGCAUUUUAGAUCAAAUAAAACAUUCAUCUGCUUUCAUAUAGAGGUAUUGUUUGGUUUGCAUUCAUAUUUUUCUCUGUCCUUGAAUUUCAUCCACAGAUUCAGUAUGCAACAACAAUAUUAAGCUCAUGCUCAAUGUAACAAAGCUCUUUUUAGUUGCAUAAUACUCUGUAAAUAUACACCUAUUGACUGGUAUUUUAGUUUGUCUCAAACUCUUUUUUAGCUGUAUAUUGAAAACAUCUCUGUGGUGUUCUGAAUGCCCUAAAUAGAUUUAACUCUCAGCUAAUCUCAUCUCUAACCCCCAGCAAUGACCUACAGUCCUCACCAUGCGCUCUCUACAAACACCUGCAUCUAAACCACAAACAACCAUGUCACUAAGAGCACAACUCACUGUCUUCAUGAGGAAAGCCUGAACUAAAAAUAAACAUGCUAGAUUAAUAUACUUCGAAUAGUAUUUAUAUUGUUGAUCGCCAGAUUUCAGAUAUGACAAUGUACACUUUGUGACUGAGCAAUUUUCACUAAUUAUUGACAGAAUGUGAAUGUAGAAGUGCACCUUGGAGGACUGCAAUUCAUUUAUCUGUCGAUAGGGAGCAGUAGGUUAUAUGGAAGUCCCCUGCGACUGCUUCACCAGCAGAGACGCAGCAACAUUUAGAAGUUGUGAAUAUGUUCAAAUUGUUAAUUAAUUUGACGAACAAGCGUUGAAAACGUACUUUCCUGAGGUUGUUAAUGUGUGUAGUCAUAAUAUCUGUCAACAAAGGCCCAACAAAGACACUGUGUGGCUGUUAAGAAUCUAUAACAAAGUAAUAUGUACAUUUAUUACAUGCAUAUUACACAUCUGUAUCAUGUUAUGAAUCCAUUUCAGAAUCAUAGUGUCACAUGCAUCAAACAGGCUAGGUAGUCAUCAUCACUGGAUCAUCACUACCAACAUCAACUAAGUUAUUAUAAAGUGUAGCUUAGUUAACAGGAGGAGCCACACAAUCACUCAAAAUAAAAUUGGUAGUAGAGUGAUCUCUAUAUGACGAAGACAAAGACUCAUGUUGACUUGUAGUUUUGUAUUGAGUUCCAGGGAGUAGUUGAAUAAGUAUGGGAGACAAUCUAUUUAUUCAAGUCAUCUCUCCUCUGUAAUGUGUUGUCUUCUUUUAGUUGUGUUGAAAGCAUGUCACUCACACCCACCCCCACAAGCAAGUUCACAGGUACUCUGCAGUCUUCUGUAAGCCCAAGAUGAGGUCGUAUCUACGCUUUGGUCAGGUGGGCCUGCUGGCUUUGUGCACACAGGACCCUCCUACCUGCUCUCUGUGUCUCUGUGUCUCUAUGUGGUUUUCAGCAGGAUAUCUAUGUGAUGUCACUGUUGUUCUCACUAUCUUUACUUGUUGUUCAUGUUGCACCUGACAGAUUACAGCCACAGCAAAACAGUUAUUUAUUAAACUGACUGCAAUAUUUUUUUUAAAUACGAAAUCUGUUACAAACCACACAUAACUGCUAAUGAACCCUAUUUGAACCCUCAGAGUUAAGCAUCUCUUGUGUGAUACAGCACCAUCUAUUCUAACCUGUGGUCCAGGGGGAGGGUCCAUUUUGUGAUGAUGUCAUGGGAGAACUUUCAGUACAUUCCUUCUGAUAGAUUGCUUCCUUUUAGAACCACACUAACCACAAAGUAAAACUAACUACAUAGGUAAAGUGUGUCACAUUAGCUGGUUGGCUGGGGUGUCCAAUCAGGCAUGCGCUAUCAGGUGUUACACUUAGUGAAUGUUUUUGUGAAUGAUGAACAAUGAAUGUAAGACUGACAUAAAAUGUACUUGUUUAUUUUGUAGGCGUUUACCCCACUCACGUUCACCCUUUUACAUACACUAUACAAAAGCAUGUGGACACCCUUCAAAUUAGUGGAUUUGGCUAUUUCAGACCCACCCGUUGCGGACAGGUGUAUAAAACUGAGCACACAAACAUUGGCAGUAGAAUGGCCUUACUGAAGAGCUCUGUGACUUUCAGUGUGGCACCGUCAUAGGAUGCCACCUGUCUAACAAAUGAUUUUGUAAAAUUUUCAUUAUGAAGUGGAAACUUCAAGGAGCAACAACGGCUCAGCCGCGAAGUGGUAGGACACACAAGUUCACAGAAUGGGAACACAGAGUGCUGAAGCGCAGCGCGUAAAAAUGGUCUGUCCUCGGUUGCAACACUCACUACGGAGUUCCAAACUGCCUUUGGAAGCAACGUCAGCACAAUAACUGUUUGUCGGGAGCCUCAUGAAAUGGGUUUCCAUGGUCGAUCAGCCGCACACAAGCCUAAGAUCACCAUGAGCAAUGCCAAGCGUAGGUUGGAGAGGUGCAAAGAGCACCGCCAUUGGACUCUGGAGCAGUGGAAACGUGUUCUCUGAAGUGAAUAAUCACGCUUCACUAUAUGGCAGUCCGACGGACGAUUUUGUGUUUGGCGCAUGCCAGGAGAACGCUACUUUCCCCCAACUGUAAAGUUUUGAGGAGGAGGAAUAAUUGCCUAGGGCUGUUUUUCAUGGUUCGGGCUAGGCCCCUUAGUUCAAGUGAAGGGAAAUUCUAGACGAUUCUGUGCUUCCAACUUUGUGGCAGCAGUUUGUGGAUGGCCCUUUCCUGUUUCAGAAUGACAAUGACCCUGUGCACAAAGUAAGGUCCGUACAGAAAAAGUUUGUCGAGAUCAUUGUGAAAGAACUUGCUGGACUGCACAGAACCCUGACCUCAAUCCCAUCGAACGCCUUUGGGAUGAAUUGGAACGCCGACUACGAGCCAACACCCAACAUCAGAUUCCGACCUCGCUAAUGCUGUUGUGGCUGAAUGGAAGCAAGUCCCCGCAGCAAUGUUCCAACAUCUAGUGGAAAGCCUUCCCAGAAGAGUGGAGGCUGUUACAGCUGCAAAGAGGGGACCAUCUCCAUAUUAAUCCCCCCCCCCCCCACACACACACACUUUUGACAUCAGAACAGCCUCAAUUAUUCUGUACGUGGACUCUACAAGGUGUCGAAAGCAUUCCACAGGGAUGCUGGCCCAUGUUGACUCCAAUGCUUCAGUUGUGUCAAGUUGGCUGAAAAUCCUUUGGGUGGUGGACCAUUCUUGAUACACACAGGAAACUGUUGAGAGUGAAAAACCCAGCAGUGUUGCAGUUCUUGACACAAACCGGUUUUCCUGGCACCUACUACCAAAGGCACUGAAAUAUUUUGUCUUGCCCAAUCACCCUCUGAAUCAAAAAAAUCCAUGUCUCAAUUGUCUCAAGGAUUACAAAUCCUUCUUUAACCUGUCUCCUCCCCUUCAUCUUCCCUGAUUGAAGUGGAUUUAACAAGUGACAUCAAUAAUAGAUAAUGUAGACUAACAAAGUAUCUUAUCACUUACAAGAUCAUAGGUUUUAUCAAAAUCUUGAACUGUAAUCAUUAGUUUAUAGAGUGUAGAGUAAAUCAAAUCAAAUCAAAUCAAAUUUUAUUGGUCACAUGCGCCGAAUACAACAGGUGCAGACAUUACAGUGAAAUGCUUACUUACAGCCCUUAACCAACAGUGCAUUUAUUUUAAACAAAAAAAGUAAGAAUAAAACAACAACAAUAAAAGUGUUGAGAAAAAAAGAGCAGAAGUAAAAUAAAGUGACAGUAGGGAGGCUAUAUAUACAGUUAAAUAAAGUGACAGUAGGGAGGCUAUAUAUACAGGGGGGUACCGUUGCAGAGUCAAUGUGCGGGGGCACCGGCUAGUUGAGGUAGUUGAGGUAAUAUGUACAUGUGGGUAGAGUUAAAGUGACUAUGCAUAAAUACUUAACAGAGUAGCAGCAGCGUAAAAAGGAUGGGGUGGGGGGGCAGUGCAAAUAGUCCGGGUAGCCAUGAUUAGCUGUUCAGGAGUCUUAUGGCUUGGGGGGUAGAAGCUGUUGAGAAGUCUUUUGGACCUAGACUUGGCACUCCGGUACCGCUUGCCGUGCGGUUGCAGAGAGAACAGUCUAUGACUAGGGUGGCUGGAGUCUUUGACAAUUUUGAGGGCCUUCCUCUGACACCGCCUGGUAUAGAGGUCCUGGAUGGCAGGGAGCUUUGCCCCAGUGAUGUACUGGGCCGUACGCACUACCCUCUGUAGUGCCUUGCGGUCAGAGGCCAAGCAGUUGCCAUACCAGGUGGUGAUGCAACCAGUCAGGAUGCUCUCGAUGGUGCAGCUGUAGAAUUCUUUGAGGAUCUGAGGACCCAUGCCAAAUCUUUUUAGUCUCCUGAGGGGGAAUAGGCUUUGUCGUGCCCUCUUCACGACUGUCUUGGUGUGUUUGGACCAUGAUAGUUCGUUGGUGAUGUGGACACCAAGGAACUUGAAGCUCUCAACCUGUUCCACUACAGCCCCGUCGAUGAGAAUGGGGGCGUGCUCAGUCCUCUUUUUUUUCCUGUAGUCCACAAUCAUCUCCUUUGUCUUGGUCACGUUGAGGGAGAGGUUGUUGUCCUGGCACCACACGGCCAGAUCUCUGACCUCCUCCCUAUAGGCUGUCUCAUCGUUGUCGGUGAUCAGGCCUACCACUGUUGUGUUGUCGGCAAACUUAAUGAUGGUGUUGGAGUCGUGCCUGGCCAUGCAGUCAUGGGUGAACAGAGAGUACAGGAGGGGACUGAGCACGCACCCCUGAGGGGCCCCCGUGUUGAGGAUCAGUGUGGCAGAUGUGUUGUUACCUACCCUUACCACCUGGGGGCGGCCCGUCAGGAAGUCCAGGAUCCAGUUGCAGAGGGAGGUGUUUAGUCCCAGGAUCCUUAGCUUAGUGAUGAGCUUAGAGGGCACUAUGGUGUUGAAUGCUGAGCUGUAGUCAAUGAAUAGCAUUCUCACGUAGGUGUUCCUCUUGUCCAGGUGGGAAAGGGCAGUGUGGAGUGCGAUAGAGAUUGCAUCAUCUGUGGAUCUGUUGGGGCGGUAUGCAAAUUGGAGUGGGUCUAGGGUUUCUGGGAUUAUGCUGUUGAUGUGAGCCAUGACCAGUCUUUCAAAGCACUUCAUGGCUACAGACGUCAGUGCUACGGGUCGGUAGUCAUUUAGGCAGGUUAUCUUAGAGUUCUUGGGCACGGGGACUAUGGUGGUCUGCUUGAAACAUGUUGGUAUUACAGACUCAGUCAGGGACAUGUUGAAAAUGUCAGUGAAGACACUUGCCAGUUGGUCAGCACAUGCUCGGAGUACACGUCCUGGUAAUCCGUCUGGCCCUGCGGCCUUGUGAAUGUUGACCUGCUUAAAAGUCUUACUCACAUCGGCUAUGGAGAGCGUGAUCACAUAGUCAUCCGGAACAGCUGGUGCUCUCAUGCAUGCUUCAGUGUUGCUUGCGUCGAAGCGAGCAUAGAAGUGGUUUAGCUCGUCUGGUAGGCUUGUGUCACUGGGCAGCUCGCGGCUGUGCUUCCCUUUGUAGUCUGUAAUAGUUUUCAAGCCCUGCCACAUCCGACGAGCGUCAGAGCCAGUGUAGUAUGAUUCAAUCUUAGACCUGUAUUGACUCUUUGCCUGUUUGAUGGUUCGUCGGAGGUCAUAGCGGGAUUUCUUAUAAGCGUCCGGGUUAGAGUCCCAUUCCUUGAAAGCGGCAGCUCUACCCUUUAGCUCAGUGCGGAUGUUUCCUGUAAUCCAUGGCUUCUGGUUGGGGUAUGUACGUACGGUCACUGUGGGGACGACAUCAUCGAUGCACUUAUUGAUGAAGCCAGUGACUGAUGUGGUGUACUCCUCAAUGCUGUCUGAAGAAUCCCGGAACAUGUUCCAGUCUGUGCUAGCAAAACAGUCCUGUAGCUUAGCAUCUGCGUCAUCUGACCACUUUUUUAUUAACCGAAUCACUGGUGCUUCCUGCUUCAGUUUUUGCUUAUAAGCAGGAAUCAGGAGGAUAGAGUUAUGGUCAGAUUUGCCAAAUGGAGGGCGAGGGAGAGCUUUGUAUGCGUCUCUGUGUGUGGAGUAAAGGUGGUCUAGAGUUUUUUUCCCUCUGGUUGCACAUUUAACAUGCUGGUAGAAAUUAGGUAGAACGGAUUUAAGUUUCCCUGCAUUAAAGUCCCCGGCCACUAGGAGCGCUGCAUCUGGAUGAGCGUUUUCCAGUUGAUUAAUGGCCUUGUACAACUCAUUCAGUGCAAUCUUAAUGCCAGCAUUGGUUUGUGGUGGUAAAUAGACAGCUAUGAAAAAUAUAGAUGAAAACUCUCUUGGUAAAUAGUGUGGUCUACAGCUUAUCAUAAGAUAUUCUACCUCAGGCAAGCAAAACCUCGUAGUAGAAGUUGUAGAAGGUGUAUCCAGGGUACAGCCAAGAGCCUUACCCACCCAGGUAAACCCCUGACCCCUAGUAAACAAAGAUGUUACACAUGAUGUUUCUUUGAACGAUAGUGAAAGUAAGACUGACAUAAAAUAGACCUGCUUCAUCCUGUAGGUGUUUUCCCCUUAUACAGUCAUAAUGCUCCACCCCUAUUCAUGCUGUACAUACAGUAUCAAGUCAUGUUCUAUGUAUAACAGUCCUCCUAUAGGUCAUCAGGAGCACCGUAACUGCUGCAUGUGGUGGGGCCAAAGAUAUCUAAGGCACACAACUGAAUUUCAUACCGAGAGCAUACAGGUACAUAUAAUGUACAGUAUGCUUCAAAAAUGUACAAGUACAAACUACAUGAAAAAUCUAUAAAGAAAAAACAACAACACGUCAUGGUAAAUCGGGUGGUAAAGUAUGAUUGCCAAGAAAUAAAAAAAGGUUGUUGGAUGAUAUUUUAAUUGUUCUUACACAGACUAUCUAUCCAGAUAAGAGUUUUAACAGAGUAUUAGACAGCUUUCUUCCAGCCAGUUGUUGCAAAUUACUAGCAUUGGUCCACUUUUAGCAUUGAUUAUAUACAGUAAGUGAUUCUCAGUUUAUGGUGGGCUGGAUAAGGCAUCAACAAAAAUGAUGUGUCCAGUUCAACCAAUCACCAAAUAGCCCACUGUUGAAGUGUUGUCUACAUGGGUAGACUUCUUCCACUCAAGACACAGUUAGUAAAGAGCAUGACAACUUCAAAGAUGAUCAUCACACUCUGCCUGAUAUUUCCACUUCUCAGGGAGAUGGGUAGGUCCAACUUGUACAUUUCUGUGCUUAUAGGGGGUACACCCUACAUUUGAAGACACCCAAGAACUUUAUUGAUGCAAUUCAUAUUUGUCUUUGUGUGUAUUCUAGCUGCGGUACAAUCCUCAGUCAUGCGCUUUGUGUCAACCAACAUAGGAGACACAGUGACUUUACACUGCUUCCAUGAAGGAAACUUGGCACUGCACUUCUUGUGGUUCAAGCAAACCUUGGGUGACAAUUUUCAGCUCAUGACAACUUUUUACAAGUUUGACAAUAAUGCUACACUCCACAAUGAAUUUAAAGGCAACCCUCGCUUCUCAGUGCAAAGUGGUAAAGGAAUAAAACACCUAAGGAUCUCAGACAUGCAGCUCAUCAAUAUAUUACUAGAACAGCGCCGGAGAAGAUGGCUGCCGUUUUACAGCCCUCUAACCAAUUGUACUAUUAUGUGUGUUUUUCCGCGUUAUUUGUAAUUUAUUUUGUACAUAAUGUUUCUGCCAUCGUCUCUUAUAACCAAAAAGAGCUUCUGGAUAUCAGGACAGCGAUUACUCACCUCGCAUUGGACGAAGAUUUUUUCUUCAACGAGGCGGCCGCGAAGGAUAUCCUACAGACACCUGACAAGGCCCAGAUCCCCGUCAUUCGCGUGAGGAAGAGACGGAGAUAUCGCGGACGCAGAUCCGGGUGCCUUGUAAGGAUCCGACGGCGAGAGAGUAAACUGCCUCUUCCAUCAAUCCUAUUAGCCAACGUUCAAGCUUUUGAGAAUAAAAUGGACGAUUUAAGAUUACGGUUAUCCUACCAACGGGACAUUAAAAACUGUAAUAUCUUAUGUUUCACGGAGUCGUGGCUGAACGACAACAAUGAUAACAUUCAGCUAGCAGGCUAUACGCUACAUCGGCAGGACAGAACGUCUGACUCUGGUAAGACAAGGGGUGGCGGUCUCUGUAUAUUUGUAAACAACAGCUGGUGCACAAAAUCAAAUACUAAGGAAGUCUCAAGGUUUUGCUCGCCUGAGGUAGAGUAUCUUAUGAUAAGCUGUAGACCACACUAUUUACCAAGAGAGUUUUCAUCUAUAUUAUUCAUAGCUGUCUAUUUACCACCACAAACCAAUGCUGGCAUUAAGAUUGCACUGAAUGAGUUGUACAAGGCCAUUAAUCAACAGGAAAACGCUCAUCCAGAUGCAGCGCUCCUAGUGGCCGGGGACUUUAAUGCAGGGAAACUUAAAUCCGUUCUACCUAAUUUCUACCAGCAUGUUAAAUGUGCAACCAGAGGGAAAAAAACUCUAGACCACCUUUACUCCACACACAGAGACGCAUACAAAGCUCUCCCUCGCCCUCCAUUUGGCAAAUCUGACCAUAACUCUAUCCUCCUGAUUCCUGCUUAUAAGCAAAACUGAAGCAGGAAGCACUAGUAAUUCGGUUAAUAAAAAAGUGGUCAGAUGACGCAGAUGCUAAGCUACAGGACUGUUUUGCUAGCACAGACUGGAACAUGUUCCGGGAUUCUUCAGACAGCAUUGAAGAGUACACCACAUCAGUCACUGGCUUCAUCAAUAAGUGCAUCGAUGAUGUCGUCCCCACAGUGACCGUACGUACAUACCCCAACCAGAAGCCAUGGAUUACAGGAAACAUCCGCACUGAGCUAAAGGGUAGAGCUGCCGCUUUCAAGGAACGGGACUCUAACCCGGACGCUUAUAAGAAAUCCCGCUAUGACCUCAGACGAACCAUCAAACAGGCAAAGAGUCAAUACAGGUCUAAGAUUGAAUCAUACUACACUGGCUCUGACGCUCGUCGGAUGUGGCAGGGCUUGAAAACUAUUACAGACUACAAAGGGAAGCACAGCCACGAGCUGCCCAGUGACACAAGCCUACCAGACGAGCUAAACCACUUCUAUGCUCGCUUCGAGGCAAGCAACACUGAAGCGUGCAUGAGAGCACCAGCUGUUCCGGAUGACUAUGUGAUCACGCUCUCCGUAGCCGAUGUGAGUAAGACUUUUAAGCAGGUCAACAUUCACAAGGCCGCAGGGCCAGACGGAUUACCAGGACGUGUACUCCGAGCAUGUGCUGACCAACUGGCAAGUGUCUUCACUGACAUUUUCAACAUGUCCCUGACUGAGUCUGUAAUACCAACAUGUUUCAAGCAGACCACCAUAGUCCCCGUGCCCAAGAACUCUAAGAUAACCUGCCUAAAUGACUACCGACCCGUAGCACUGACGUCUGUAGCCAUGAAGUGCUUUGAAAGACUGGUCAUGGCUCACAUCAACAGCAUAAUCCAAGAAACCCUAGACCCACUCCAAUUUGCAUACCGCCCCAACAGAUCCACAGAUGAUGCAAUCUCUAUCGCACUCCACACUGCCCUUUCCCACCUGGACAAGAGGAACACCUACGUGAGAAUGCUAUUCAUUGACUACAGCUCAGCAUUCAACACCAUAGUGCCCUCUAAGCUCAUCACUAAGCUAAGGAUCCUGGGACUAAACACCUCCCUCUGCAACUGGAUCCUGGACUUCCUGACGGGCCGCCCCCAGGUGGUAAGGGUAGGUAACAACACAUCUGCCACACUGAUCCUCAACACGGGGGCCCCUCAGGGGUGCGUGCUCAGUCCCCUCCUGUACUCUCUGUUCACCCAUGACUGCAUGGCCAGGCACGACUCCAACACCAUCAUUAAGUUUGCCGACGACACAACAGUGGUAGGCCUGAUCACCGACAACGAUGAGACAGCCUAUAGGGAGGAGGUCAGAGAUCUGGCCGUGUGGUGCCAGGACAACAACCUCUCCCUCAACGUGACCAAGACAAAGGAGAUGAUUGUGGACUACAGGAAAAAAAAGAGGACUGAGCACGCCCCCAUUCUCAUCGACGGGGCUGUAGUGGAACAGGUUGAGAGCUUCAAGUUCCUUGGUGUCCACAUCACCAACGAACUAUCAUGGUCCAAACACACCAAGACAGUCGUGAAGAGGGCACGACAAAGCCUAUUCCCCCUCAGGAGACUAAAAAGAUUUGGCAUGGGUCCUCAGAUCCUCAAAAAAUUCUACAGCUGCACCAUCGAGAGCAUCCUGACUGGUUGCAUCACCGCCUGGUAUGGCAACUGCUUGGCCUCUGACCGCAAGGCACUACAGAGGGUAGUGCGUACGGCCCAGUACAUCACUGGGGCAAAGCUCCCUGCCAUCCAGGACCUCUAUACCAGGCGGUGUCAGAGGAAGGCCCUCAAAAUUGUCAAAGACUCCAGCCACCCUAGUCAUAGACUGUUCUCUCUGCUACCGCACGGCAAGCGGUACCGGAGUGCCAAGUCUAGGUCCAAAAGACUUCUCAACAGCUUCUACCCCCCAAGCCAUAAGACUCCUGAACAGCUAAUCAUGGCUACCCGGACUAUUUGCACUGCCCCCCCACCCCAUCCUUUUUACGCUGCUGCUACUCUGUUAAGUAUUUAUGCAUAGUCACUUUAACUCUACCCACAUGUACAUAUUACCUCAACUACCUCAACUAGCCGGUGCCCCCGCACAUUGACUCUGCAACGGUACCCCCCUGUAUAUAUAGCCUCCCUACUGUCACUUUAUUUAACUGUAUAUAUAGCCUCCCUACUGUCACUUUAUUUUACUUCUGCUCUUUUUUUUCUCAACACUUUUUUUGUUGUUGUUUUAUUCUUACUUUUUUUGUUUAAAAUAAAUGCACUGUUGGUUAAGGGCUGUAAGUAAGCAUUUCACUGUAAUGUCUGCACCUGUUGUAUUCGGCGCAUGUGACCAAUACAAUUUGAUUUGAUUUGAUUUGAUCAAUAUAUUACUGUGGGAGUUCUUAUUCCAACAAGGUGGAUUUGGAGAAGGAGCCAUUCUCAUUGUUAAAGGUACAAAAUCUGAAUUUAGAGAGAUAUAACUAGAAACUGCUGUUCUACAACAAUAAUCUUGAGCAUUGUUGCACUUUACUUUUUGGAUAUUCAAUGUCUUAAUUAAAUGUGAGGUAUUCGCACAGUCAUACAUUACUGUAGCUUAAGUUUUCAACAAAUGUUGAGUUAGGACACAAAAUAGGAAACACAUUUACUGACAUGAAAACCUUUUUGUCAAGUUCAUCAUCCAGAAACACAACAGUUGUACAGCAGUCUGUGUCUGAGUCAGUCCAGAAAGGAGACUCCUUGACUCUGAACUGUACAAUACACACUGAGACCUGUGCAGGAGAACACUGUGUGUAUUGGUUCAGCCAUAGCUCAGGAGAAUCCCAUCCAGGAAUCAUUUACACCCAGGGAGACAGGAGUGAUCAGAGAGAGAAGAGCCCUGAGGCUGGGUCUCCUACACAGAGCUGUGUCUACAACCUCCCCAAGAGGAACCUCAGCCUCUCUGAUGCUGGGAUUUACUACUGUGCUGUGGCCUCAUGUGGGGAGAUACUGUUUGGAAACGGGACCAAGCUGGACAUCGAAGGUAAGCUGUGCAUAACCAAAAUACCACACAUUUUCUCCCAAAUGAUAGGACAUGUCAAUACGUCAAUUCCAUUAAAUUCAAAGUAGAUUUCAAAUCUAACUUUUAUAGCUAACUUUUAUGCCAAAAGCACUGAGGAAUAAAGAAUAAUAGAAAAUAAUCAAGCCUUGUUUUCUAAGUUUCAGACCUGUUGGGUGAUCAGAGUAAUCUUAUUUUCCUCAUCAUUCUAUCUUGCCUGACAACUGCUGUGAUUCUGAGUGUGGUUGUCAACGUUAUCCUCUGUGUGAGAAUGAAGAGGUCACGAUGUGAACACUGUGCAGGUACUGUAAAAGUCUUCAUGCUAAUAGUAAUAGCAAUGAUAGUAAUAGAUCAAAAACGCUAGCCCUCCUUUUAACAAUUCCCUCUCUGGACAUUUUUUCAUUUCACAAGACUACUUAAUUUUGAAGCAGAAAAUAUGACAUUCACAGCAGUAUGCCUUUUUAUUAGUAAACAAGAAAAGGUUUCAAGUAUAUUUAAUGUUUUAUCAUUGAUCUUUUAGCGAGGACCCCUUCUCAGCAGAGCCAGUAUUGGAAGCCUCAUGCCAACACGUCAGAACAACAGGUUAGCAGAGUUGUUGUAUCAAGAGUGAAACUGGAAUAGAGUAUUAAAGCUAAACAUUACAGCAUUAUAUUUGACCCAGAGACUGAAUUGAGUGAGUCUGUGUUUCAUCCUCAUAGCUCCACGGUGACGAUGAUGGCCUGAUCUACACUGCCCUGAAGUUCACUGACAAGAAGAGUACCAAGCCCAGGAGACAGAGGAGAGAACAGAGAGAACAGAGAGAGGAAGAAACCAUCUACUCUGGUGUGUCACAUAGACAGGAUGUGGCAGUCCUCCAAUCAGCAUCAUUUUAAGUUUAGCCUUACUGACCUCCCCUUUGAGCUUGACUGUGUCCGUGUGUGUCAGAGCCGUGUAGAAAAGGUGUGGUGUGGAAUCAAGUGCAGAAGCAGAAGGAGAGUCCAAAAUACUUUACUGGAAAAUGCAAAUGCAAUAAUCCAAAAUAGCCAGAGGCAAAACGCACACAGGCGUGAAACACAAGCGCCCAAAACAGGCGCGCAAAACUCCUCCAAAUCGAGAAGUAGGCAAUACAGAGGUGGCGUACCAAACACAGGUACGAAACGACACCAACACGAAACAAUUACACACAACACAACACACAAAACAGGGAAACUAAAUAGGGUGCUUAAUUAGACAUAACACAAGACAGGUGUGACUAAUCAGACAAAACUAGUCAAACAGAAAACAUGGAGCGGUGGCAGCUAGUACUCCGGAGACGACGAACGGCGAAACCUGCCCGAACAAGGAGGAGGAGCUGCCUCGGCCGAAACCGUGACAGUGUGACUUGGCUAUUUUGUACAUUCCUCAUUUGCUGUAAAAUGUAAUGGUCGGAUCUAGCUGAAGAGACUGUCACUGCAUUGGAAUAUUCUCCUAAUAUCAAUGUAGAAUUAUUCAGACGCAGAGCAUAAUUGUCCAGGAAGUGUGAAAGCUGAUACUAAAUCAAAUGAAAUCCAGUUUUAUUUGUCACUUGCACCGAAUACUACAGGUGUAGACCUUACCGUGAAAUGCUUACUUACAAGCCGUUAACCAACAAUGCAGUUUUAAGAAAGGUAAGAGUUAAGAAAAUAUUUACUAAAGAAACGAAAAAAAGUAACACAAUAAAAUAACAAUAACGAAGCUAUAUACAGGGGGCACCGGUACCGAGUUAAUGUCCGGGGUUACAGGUUAGUCGAGGUAAUUGAGGUAAUAUGUACAUGUAGGUAGGGGUAAAGUGACCAAGCAUAGAUAAUAUACAGCAGGAUUCAACAGUGAAAAAUAGUCCAGGUAGCCAUUUGAUUACCUGUUCAGCAGUCAUAUGGAUUGGGGGUAGAAGCUGUUAAGGAGCCUUUUGGACCUAGAUUUGGAGCGGAAGCAGAGAACAGUCUACGACUAGGGUGGCUGGAGACUGACAAUUUUUAGGGCCUUCCUCUGACACCACCUGGUAAUUUAAAUAGAUUUUUGUGAAAUGAAAAAAUUACUUGUUUCAAAAAAAAUAAUUAAUAAUGGAAAAGUGGUGCGUGCAUAUGUAUUCACCCCCUUUGCUAUGAAGCCCCUAAAUAAGAUCUGGUGCAACCAAUUACCUUCAGAAGUCACAUAAUUAGUUAAAUAAAGUCCACCUGUGUGCAAUCUAAGUGUCACAUGAUCUGUCACAUGAUCUCAGUCUAUAUACACCUGUUCUGAAAGGCCCCAGAGUCUGCAACACCACUAAGCAAGGGGCACCACCAAGCAAGCGGCACCAUGAAGACCAAGGAGCUCUCCAAACAGGUCAGGGACAAAGUUGUGGAGAAGUACAGAUCAGGGUUGGGUUAUAAAAAAAUAUCAGAAACUUUGAACAUCCCACGAAGCACCAUUAAAUCCAUUAUUUUAAAAAUGGAAAGAAUAUGGCACCACAACAAACCUGCCAAGAGAGGGCCGCACACAAAAACUCACAGACCAGACAAGGAGGGCAGUAAUCAGAGAGGCAAUAAAGAGACCAAAGAUAACCCUGAAGGAGCUGCAAAGCUCCACAGCAGAGAUUGGAGUAUCUGUCCAUUGUACCACUUUAAGCCGUACACUCCACAGAGCUGGGCUUUACGGAAGAGUUGCCAGAAAAAAAGCCAGCUUACUGUGUGAUCAAGCUACGGAGAGCGUGAUCACACAGUAGUCCGGAACAGCUGGUGCUGUCACGCAUUCUUCAGUGUUGCUUGCCUCGAAGCGCGCACAGAAAUCAUUUAGCUCGUCUGGUAGGCUCAUGUCACCGGGCAUCUCGCGGCUGGACUUCCCUUUGUUGUCCGUAACAGUUUGCAAGCCCUGCCACAUCCAACAAGCGUCAGAGCUGGUGUAGUGGGAUUCAAUUUUAGUCCUUUAUUGACACUUUGCCUGUUUGAUGGUUCGUCGGAGGGCAUAGCGUGAUUUCUUAUAAGUGUCCGGGUUAGAGUCCCGUUCCUUGAAAGCGGCAGCUCUACCCUUCAGCCCAGUUCAGAUGUUGCCUGUAAUCCAUGGUGUCUAGUUGGGGUAUAUACGUACGGUCACUGUGGGGAUGACGUCAUCGACGCACUUAUUGAUGAAGCUGGUGACUGAUGUGGAUACUCAAUGCCAUUGGAUGAAUCCCGGAACAUAUUCUACUCUCAGCUAGCAAAACAGUCCUGAAGCUUAGCAUCUGCGUCAUCUGACCACUUCUGUAUUGAGCGAGUCACUGGUACUUCCUGCUUUAGUUUUUGCUUGUAAGCAGGAAUCAGGAGGAUAGAAUUAUGGUCAGAUUUGCCAAAUGAAGGGCGAGGGAUAGCUUUGUACAUGUGUCUGUGUGUGGAGUAAAGGUGGUCUAGAGGUGGUUGCACAUGUGACAUGCUGGUAGAAAUGAGGUAAAAUGGAUGUAAGUUUUCCUGCAUUAACGUCCCUGGCCACUAGGAGCACCGAUUCUGGAUCAGCAUUUUCUUGUUUGCUUAUGGCCUUAUACAACGCGUUGAGUGCGGUCUUGGUGCCAGUAUCGGUUUGUGGUGGUAAAUAGACAGCUACGAACAGUAUAGAUGAAAACUCUCUUGGUAAAUAGUGUGGUCUACAGCUUAUCAUGAGGAACUUUACCUCAGGCGAGCAAAGCCUAGAACUUCUUUAAUAUUAGAUUUCGUGCACCAGUUGUUAUUAUCAAAUAGACACAGACUACCACCCCUCGUCUUACCGGAGGUAGCUGUUUUGUCUUGCCGAUGCACGGAAAACCCAGCUAACUGUAUAUUAUCCAUGUUGUCGUUCAGUCACGACUUGGUGAAACGUAAGAUAUUACUGUUUUUAAUGUCCCGUUGGUAGGAGAGUCUCGAACGGUGUCACACCCUGGCUCUGGGACUCUAUAUGUUGAGCCAGGGUGUGUUCAUUCUUUGUGUUUAUUUCUAUGUUGGUAAUUCUGGUGUGUUUAUUUCUAUGUUGGCUAGAGUGACUCCCAAUCAGAGGCAACGAGUGUCAGCUGUCGUUGGUUGUCUCUGAUUGGGAGCCAUAUUUAUACUGUCUAUUUUCCCUUUGUGUUUGUGGGUUCUUGUUCCGUGUUCGGUCAUUGUUACCGUGGACUUCACGAGUCGUUUCUUGUUUUUUGUAUCGUGUUUACACUUUAACUAAUUAAAGUAUGUUCGUUCAUCACGCUGCGCAUUGGUCCUCCUCUAUGUAUGACGAUCGUGACAGAAGAACCCACCAUGCAACGACCAAGCAGCGUGUCCAGGGGCAGCACUUGGGCUGGACAUGGGAGGAAGCGCCGGGAGAAGAGACGGUGGAGGCGCGCCGUAGAGAGGAGCAGCGGCGCCAAACGGGUCAACGUCGGACAGGCGAGAGGCAACCCCAGAAAAUUUUUAGGGGGGGGCACACGGCAUGGACGACGGGGCUGACGGAGGCAAAAGAGGGGCGGAUUCAGAAGGCCACCAGGUUACGGAUACACCGCCCUAUACGUCCUGUGCGGAUGCCUCACACAGAGUGGGUGAGGGUAGGCAUUCAGCCAGGACGGGUUGUGGCCGCUCUUCACUCCAGGUCUCCUAUCCGUCUCCACAGCCCGGUUCGGCCUGUCCCUGUUCCACGCACCAAGCCUGCGGUGUGCGUCGCCAGCCCAGUCCGGCCAGUCCCUGCUCCACGCACCAAGCCUACGGUGUGCGUCGCCAGCCCGGCCCGGCCUGUUCCUGCCUCUCGCACCAAGUCUACAGUGCGCGUCGCCAGCCCGGCCCGGCCUGUUCCUGCCACUCGCACUAAGCCAGGGGUGCGAGACGUCAGCCUGGUAAGGCCCGUUCCUCCUCCACGCACCAAGCCAGGGGUGCGAGUCGUCAGCCUGGUAAGGCCCGUUCCUCCUCCACGCACUAAGCCAGGGGUGCGAGUCGUCAGCCUGGUAAGGCCCGUCCCUCCUCCACGCACCAAGCCAGGGGUGCGAGUCGUCAGCCUGGUAAGGCCCGUCCCUCCUCCGCGUCGUCAGUCCAGCACAACCCGUGCCUGGGUCACCGGUGCCUGGUAAGGUACCGGUCAACUGCUCCACUAUGGAGCUGAAGCUAACCGCUCCUGCUAAGUCCAGUUCAGCUCCAGCCGGCGGGGCCAGACUGGACCAGGGGCGCUAUGGGGGGUGUAUUGGAGGGUGGUGGUCAAGGCCGGAGCCAGAACCGCCACCGAGGAGGUAUGCCCGCCCAGCCCUCCCCUGUUUUGUUCAGGUUGAGGCGCGGUCGCAGUCCGCGCCUUUAGGGGGGGGUACUGUCACACCCUGGCUCUGGGACUCUAUAUGUUGAGCCAGGGUGUGUUCAUUCUUUGUGUUUAUUUCUAUGUUGGUAAUUCUGGUGUGUUUAUUUCUAUGUUGGCUAGAGUUACUCCCAUUCAGAGGCAACGAGUGUCAGCUGUCGUUGGUUGUCUCUGAUUGGGAGCCAUAUUUAUACUGUCUAUUUUCCCUUUGUAUUUGUGGUUUCUUGUUCCGUGUUCGGUCAUUGUUACCGUGGACUUCACGAGUCGUUUCUUGUUUUUGUAUCGUGUUUACACUUUAACUAAUUAAAGUAUGUUCGUUCAUCACGCUGCGCCUUGGUCUGUUCAAUAUGACGAUCGUGACAAACGGAGCUCGUCAGGUUUAUUUUCCAUUGAUUGCACGUUGGCAAAUAGGACGGAUGGAAGAGGCGGGUUACCCACUGGUUGACGAAUUCAAACAAGGCAUCCGGAUUUUAGUCCCCUGUAUCGGCGUCUCUUCUUCAUGCGAAUGACAGGAAUUUGGGCCUGGUCCGGUAGCAGGAGUAAAUCCUUCGCGUCUGACUCGUCAAAUAAAUAAUUGAAGUGCGUAAUCGCUGUUCUGAUAUCCAGAAGCUCUUUUCGGUCAUAAGAGACGGUGGCAGAAACAUUAUUUACAAAAUAUGUUACAGACAAUGCAAAAAAACACAUACAAUAGCACAAUUGGUUUGGAGCUUGUAAAACGGCAGCCAUCCCCACUAGUGCCAUUUCUUCUUACUAGGAUGCUUUCAGAAGUCUCAAAUCCUGACUGGAUACAUUUGCUUUUGUAAAAAGAAGUGUAGUACAAAAUAUGUAUUAUCAUUUUGCAAAUGUCUGAACUCUUACUUUUGAUGAUAAUAGUUGUAACAUGACAUUUCCUACGUUUAAGCACUUGCCCAAUACUUACCACUUAUUUGCACCAGGUAAUCUUAUGUUAGAAUUUCUUUCCACUUUGACAUGAGUUUUUUUGUGUAGAUUGUUGACAAAAAAAAUCACAAUUAAAUCAAUUUUAAUCCCACUUUGUAACACAAUAAAAUGUGAAGAAAUCCAGUGUUAGUGUAUAAGUUCUAUAGGCACUGUAUGUGCCACUAGUCACAGCAACCAACCCAAAUGAUGAAAAAAUACAAACUAAUAACUCGGACUUUACACCCUUUGAAGAUAAAUGCGUAAGCAUUUUAGAGAGAAACGCAUCAUUGAUUCAUCGAUGAAUACAUACUGUAUCGGUAUGUAAGGUGGGAGAUUUUCUCAACCUCACUUCCUCUUCAAACAACCAAUGGAGCCAACCUAAAAGUUGUGCGUCAUGUGGUGUAUGUAGAUACACAUUUCUGCUGAUGCUGUCACUUCACUUUGUCUCUUGACCCUCAUCUCAGUUGUUCUUUUGCACCAGACCAGAGAGAAGAAGUUGAAGGAUGUUCAGGUUGUGUCUUGUCCUGGUUCUCAUCCAAGCCUGUAAGUUCAUCUCAUUAUAUGAUCUAUGUUAUUGUAGUUUAACAACUUCAAAUACUAUUGGUUAACCAAGGAUUCUAAUAUUUCACACUCCUGAAUCAAUGUUUAACAAUGUUUGAUUCACACACUCAGGGAAACCGAACACUGUACACCACACACAACCAGGACUUAGGGUUAAUGUAAUUAAAGUAAGUAAAAGUUUAUGUUGUCUGAGUUAUCUUCACUGCAUUUCAUUUAUAGUGGACACGGAAGACAUCGGCCAUCCAAGUCCUCUUCUGCACGCUCAUCUUGGAGACAAUGUGAUUCUGCGAUGCUUCUAUCCAGACAGAUAUUCUUAUAUCUCAUGGUACAAGCUAAAUGUAGGACAGAAGCCUCAACUUGUAGCAACAAUUUACAAAUAUGGUGGUGGUGCAACAUUUUACAGUGAGUUUAAGGAUAACCCUCGGUUCACAGUGCAAAGUGGAAACGGAUUUUAUCACCUACAUAUCUCCAACACUCAUCCAUCUGACUCCGCCACAUAUUUCUGUGGGGGACUUAAUGUUAAUGUGAUGGAAUUCAAAAAUGGGAUAUUUCUCAUUCUGAAAGGUAGGCUGUUGUUGUAUUAAUGUUAAUGUUGUAAAAUAUAGCUAUUUAUGUUCAUUCUUCAAAUGUGCUAAUCCAUCAUCUAAAGUUAGUUCAUAACUAUUUAUUUCAGGACCAAGCAAAGCUGUUGUACAGCAGCCUGUGUCUGAGUCAGUCCAGCCAGGAGACUCUGUGACUCUGAACUGUACAAUACACACUGAGACCUGUGCAGGAGAACACAGUGUCUAUUGGUUCAGACAUGGCUCAGGAGAAUCCCAUCCAGGAAUCAUUUACACCUAUGGAGACAGGAGUGAUCAGUGUGAGAAGAGCCCUGAGGCUGGGUCUCCUACACAGAGCUGUGUCUACAACCUCCCCAAGAGGAACCUCAGCCUCUCUGAUGCUGGGACUUACUACUGUGCUGUGGCCUCAUGUGGGGAGAUACUGUUUGGCAACGGGACCAAGCUGGACAUUGACCGUAAGUUAUAUUUCUGACAUUUCUGAAAAUGUCUAAAAUUCUUUAACAUUGCUGUGAAUAAAUUGUAUGCCUGGUUGAACAAAAAGUCCUGAAUUUCCUCUAUCACUGUCUGUAUUUCUACAGAUGGUUGUAAGGAGGACCAUGUUCUCUUGGUGUACUGUCUGGGUGUAGUGUUGGCUCUUUGUGUCAUCCUCAUCAUUGUCCUUGGUUGUGUUUUGUAUAAGAUGAACAAGAAAACCUCUCUGCUGUGUAGAGGUAAGUGUUAUCAUUGCCCACAAUAUAUGCUUAAACUGUUGGGGCGGUAUACAUUACACAUUGGGGCGGCAGGUAGCUUAGGGGUUAAGAGCGUUGUGCCAGUAAUCGAAAGGUCGCUGGUUCUAAUCCCCGAGCUGACUAGGUGAAAAAUCUGUUGACGUGCCCUUGAGCAAAGCACUUAACCCUAAUUGCUCCUGUAAGUUGCUCUGGAUAAAAGCGUCUGCUAAAUGUAAAUUUUAGUCAUGAAACUGGGUUAAUUCAUUGUAUGAUGAUGAUGAUGAUGUUGAUGAUAAUUCCACCAUGUGUUUGUCUAAAAGGAAUGGACCCUCAGUCAAGUGGUCCGGGAGUCCCCAGUUCUUAUAAUCAGGUAUCCAGACCAUACAGUGAAAAAAAAAUGUUUUAUGAGUUUGAUGAACUGUAAACAGAUCCUUCUGUCAAAAUAUCAGGUAAUUUCCUGAUGUCUUUGGAAUUUGUUUUGCUAUUCCUCUUAGGAUCAAGAAGAUGAUGACACACUCACGUCUGUCCAUUACGCUGCUCUGAAUGUCAUCCACAAGAAGCCAAAGACCCAGAGACAGAGGGGCACCAUGGAGAGAGACACUGUGUAUUCUGGGGUGAGGUGCAAAAACAUGGACUGA